AUGGCGUCAGAACCCCCUCUAUCGCCUCCGAAAGAAGCGAACGAUGCUACUCUGAGCGGAGCACCGCCGAUGGCAAACUUGGCAAUGGACCCAGAAAGCCUUCUAAAUACGCUGGACCAACGGUUGUCAACCAUGGGAUCCGGCCAAAAGACCAGUAAGUUUGAUCCGAUUGCCUUUCUUAACCAACAUUACGCUACCGAAGCUAGUUUGGUUCAGCAAUUACCCGAUUUGCAACACGCCGUAUCGGAACGUAGGGAGGCACUUGACGAGCGUAUCGCGAUCGCCCUACAGCGACAGUCGGAAACGGCCGAAUCAACCCGCCGACACAUCCAAGAGGCCCAAGUCUCCGUCGUGGAGCUGCAUCAGCGCGUCCUGCGUGUGAAAGAGAAGGCCUCACAGAGUGAACGCGCCGUGCUUGAAAUCACGAAGGAUAUGAAACGUUUGGAUUGCGCAAAGCGCCACCUCCAGCGGACUAUCACUACACUCAAGCGAUUGCAUAUGCUGGUUCAUGCCGUAGAACAGCUUCGCAACACAGCCGUCCAGAUUCCUUUCCCCGACUACCCAGUAGCCGCUCACUUAGUUGACGCCACUCACCUUUUGUUACAGCACUUCGACGGCUACAUAUCCAAAGUUGAACCGAUGCGUCUACUGUCGGAAAAAGUAGUGGAUCUACAGAGCACCUUGCGAGUAGGACUGGUACGCGGCUUUCGAGUUGCAGCCUUUGGACCGACUAAAGCGAUCGAAAUGGAACGUGCAGCGUCGCCCCAUCGAAACGGUUCCAACGAAAUGUUACCCGAAAUAAGAGACGACGUUAUGCCCCCAACUGUCAUGAAAGGAGGAGUUCAGCUUCUAGAUGCACUCGGCACGGAGGUCCGCGUUCAAUUCAUUCACGAAUUUUGUCAGGACCAUCUAGCUGAGUAUUUGCAAACCUUCGCGCCCGCAUCCAGGGAAGAGAAGAUUCCGAGUGAUCCACCGAAGCGUGUUUCCAGUUUCAAAGUAGCAUCUACGCCUGAGUCAAGACCCUCCGAGGCAGAAAGCAAUGCGGGUUUGGACCACGUCGAAAAAAGAUUUAUUUGGUUUCGACAAAUUUUGCAAGAUGUGGAUGCAAAAUUCCCGGAUGUAUUUCCAUCUGACUGGAAUCUGCAGGCUUCCAUGGCCCGCGUCUUCUUGCAAUUGACUCGUGAUCACAUUAUGGCCUUGCUGGACGGACCAAGGAAGGACCCUGACGCUAGUAAUGCUACAAUUCUUUUGAAAGCUUUGCAAAAGACGAUUGUCUUUGAAAAGGAGAUCACCAAAUGGCUGCAACAGAAACGCGGUACCGUAUUCAAAUCUGAGCAGCUAGAGGCCGAAGUGAAAGGAACAGAUGAAAACUGCGAACCAAUUGAUCCGUUAAUUGGAAUCGCAUCAGCAGCUUACGAAAAUUAUAUGGCGCCCUACAUUGAACUGGAAAGCCAAAGCAUGGACGAACACCUAGUUGAAGCGCUAGAAGACCGAAAGGUGGACACACGUGGCGAGCGUCCUGUCUUCAUCUCUUCAACAAACAUGUUCGUUUAUAUCAAAGGAAGUAUUACACGAUGUACGGCGCUGACGAAAGGCAAGGCGUUUUUCUUACUGUAUCAAGCCUUUAGGGACUCCCUGCGCAAAUAUGCUCAGAUCCUUGACGGCAAACUGCCGUCGCCAAUGACAGGUACAAGCGGGAAUCUUGUUGGCGCCAUUUCGAUUCCCGCAUCAUUUGGAGGCAGUACCAGUAAGCAGGAGUCGAGCCCGGCGGCUUCGUACCGAUUACCCAGUGGAGAGGAAGUCACGGUUUGCCACGUGAUUAGUACCUGUGAAUAUUCCGCAGAUACAGUCGAAGCUCUGGAAGAUCUUAUUCGGGACACUGUAGACGAGCCUUACAAGUCAAAAAUUGAUAUGAUGAGUGAUCAAGAGACUUUCCACGACAUUACUGCCAAGGCCAUUCGAGUUCUUGUGUCCGGACUAACAAAUCGAACAGAGAGUGCUCUCAAACUUCUGGCUGCAACAAACUGGGCCAUUUACGAUUCCGUCGGAGAAGAGAGUACUUAUGUUCGCUCCAUGCACGAAGAGAUUGAGCCCGUAAUUCUGACUCUGUAUCCACUUCCGAAAGCUGCUUCCAACCUCUUACUUCAGAAACUUCUGCGACAAAUUUGCUGUCUCAUUUUGUACCAAUUACUACGAUACUGUGAUCCGUCUGAAGAGGAUCAGCGAGCCUGGCACUCAGCAGCUGCUAUUGGACGUUUACAAUUUGAAGACGCUCUUUUUAAAGUUACCUGUCCUAGAAAAACAAGCGGAGGAUCAACCAUCGCCCCGGCGAUGUACACAAAAAUGGUACAGAAGCAUUUUGGAAGGAUCGAAACGCUUCUUAAAUUGGUCGGAACACCUAUUGAUCUCCUUAUUGAGAACUUUAGAGUUCAGUGGGCGAGUGGAUCAGCGCUCGAGUUGCAAAUUGUGAUGUCACUGAAAGGUAUGAAACGAAACGAGCAAGCUGCCCACCUCGAGAAGUUCGGUUUGGAUCCAGUCAACGCAAUGAAGGGAGCUGCAGCAGGUAUUACCGGUGCUACGAUUGUAUCAGAGCGUGUUCAGGCGUUGCAAGAUCAAGGAUCGACUGUUGCGUCCAAA